AGCCCUGGGGUCCUUUUCUAGCAGAAUGGAGGACGCCGCGUGCUGAAGAUAAACAGCUCCUCGGAAUCAUUCUAGACGGUUUAAAGCAAGCGCGACUGGGAGGUUCAGCAUGGCCGCGGUCAGUAACUCAGCCCCUCAGGAGAUUAGUGCUGGGGACAGUGCAGCAAACACGGACACGUUUCAAAAAGUUACAUCGAAGAAAAGUUCCAAACGUAAGCGAGCUCAGGGUGAAGGAGGAAUGGAGUGCGAAGACGCGGCGGCACCGAAGAGACCACAGUUUCCUCCGAUAUCAGGGGACAGACUGAAGGGUGGUGCUGAUGAAAUGAGGAAAAUCCCCGUGCCAUCUCACCGAUAUACGCCUCUGAAAGAAAACUGGCUCAAAAUCUUCACCCCGAUUGUUGAAAACCUGCAACUUCAAGUCCGAUUUAAUCUCAAAACGCGAAACGUGGAGAUUAAGACAUGUAAAGAAACACAGGAUAUUGGUGCUCUUACGAAAGCAGCAGAUUUCGUAAAGGCCUUUAUUUUAGGAUUUCAGGUUGAGGAUGCGCUUGCACUUGUCAGACUGGAUGAACUGUUUCUGGAAACCUUUGAUGUCACAGAUGUUAAGCCCCUCAAAGGAGAUCAUUUAUCGAGAGCUGUUGGGAGAAUAGCAGGCAAAGGAGGGAAAACAAAAUUCACCAUUGAAAACGUCACAAAGACCAGGAUCGUCCUUGCAGACACGAAGGUUCACAUUUUGGGGUCUUUCCAGAAUAUAAAAAUGGCACGGACAGCUAUAUGUAAUCUCAUCUUAGGGAGUCCACCAUCAAAGGUGUACGGGACCAUUCGGGCAGUCGCCAGCCGCGCUACUGAGAGAUUCUAACAUCAGGCACAUCACUCUGACCUUCCACCUGCUCUACAGCUCACGGACUAAAGCAGAAACGUGGCUCAUGGGUUCACAAAAGUGGUGUGAAAGAUCCGGCAGCCAUCUUUACACCGCUGCCUGGAGUCAUUUAGUCGUCAGAGGACUUUUUUCACUAACUGACGCGUCCCAAAACGAGUAUCAUUGAAACACUCGCUUAAAAAAUAAAUAAACUAAUGUUCCAACUGGAAA